UGGAUGUGACGUGUGUGAAUAUGACUAAAUGAUUAUGAUUAGAGUACAGUACAUACAUAGCUACUAAAAUUAUAUGAAAAUGAAAAUCAUUUUUUUACUUUUGUGAAUCGGAUAAUAUUUUGUUACAGUGGAGAGCAUUAAAUCGGCAAUCUUGAAAUUAUCAGUGAAACUGAGUUAGUUUGAUUUGAAAGUGCGCCACUGUACCUUUAUCUUGACCCAGAUCUCAACAGGUGUUCUGUCGAAAAGAAAUGAAUUUACGCGUAACAUAUUUUUUGAUAUUUCCUGUAUAAAAAAGCUUCAGUGAUAAUGUUUGUGGGGAAAAUAUAGCCAAAUAUUGUAAAUAUCGUGAUGAACUGGAAAAAUAAACAUAUAGGGGGGAUAUUUUGACACUACGUAUGACUACAUUAUUUUGUUGACGAUGUGGUUUAAUUAAUCACUAAUAAGUGACUAAUAUUAUCUACAAUGGGCCUGCUUAUAUCAAAAAUUUGGAGCUUGUUCGGGAACGAAGAACACAAGCUGGUACUAGUGGGACUAGAUAAUGCUGGUAAAACCACAAUUUUGUACCAACUGCUACUGGGUGAAGCUGUUCAUACACGGCCAACCAUUGGCUCCAACGUUGAGGAGGUUGUGUGGAGGAACCUCCGCUUUGUCAUGUGGGACCUUGGGGGCCAACAGAGCUUGAGAUCUGCGUGGAACACUUACUAUACCAACAGUGAAUUCGUCAUAAUGGUGAUCGACUCCACCGACCGACAGAGGCUGGGCAUCAGCCGGGAAGAGCUGCAUCGGAUGCUGACCCACGAAGAGCUGAGCAGGGCAUGCCUCCUCGUGUUCGCUAACAAACAGGACGUGAAGGGGUCGAUGACUGCUGCGGAGAUAUCGGAACAGCUGGACCUGACGUCUAUCAAGCAACACCCGUGGCACAUCCAGGCUUGCUGCGCGCUCACUGGCGAAGGAUUACAUUUGGGUCUGGAAUGGAUCGCGAGCCGGAUUAAGAAGAAAUGACACUGAACAAAACAGAUCACUAUACUGACCUUUUUACAUAACAAUGAUGGAGUAUAUUUUCAUAAGCAAUUUAAAAAUUACGUACAAGUGUGGCCAAAAGUAUUGAACACCCGUUAGUAUAACCAAGGACACUGAAACACUUUUAAAAUUUAUAUUUAUGUAUUUUAAAUCGGACUUUUGAUCUCUGUGUUAAGCGGCAUGACACGGGUCUGCCCGCGAAAUUCAAAUUUAAUUUGGUUUUUCACAAUUUGUAAACUAA